ACACAGACACGGUUGUUCACUGUUCAAGUAUUGGAUCAUUCGAGCGUUUGGUUGACGACUUUGAGAAAGAGAGAGAGAGGAAAAACGCAUCAUCAAAUCCGACGAUUAUGUAAGCUCGUUGAAGAUGAGGUGAAGAUUGUGUUCAUUUUGAAUGGAUUCAAUCCUUGACAAUUUGCCACACUUGUACUUGAGCGAGACGAUUUGCAUGUGAAUGACUAUUCGGAGCCGGAACCAUGGCGUCUGUGAUUCCGAAGAAGGUGGUGAUCGUGGGAGAUCCCAAAGUGGGCAAGACCUCGAUCCUGGAUAUGCUCAAAGGAAGUCCGUUCCAAGACGAUUAUUGUCCCACUGUUUUUGACACCUCUGAGUCCAGAAUCAUUCUCGAAGGUCAAAACAAGGCCACCAAAAGCCCGAUUCAGUUCGAUAUUAGCCUUCACGAUACUUCCGGUGAUUCUGACUACGAUCGCUUACGACCUUUGUCCUACAUGGACUCGCAUCUGGUGUUGUUGUGCUACGCAAUGGAUUCGACCUUAUCCUUGAGAAGCGUCUCCAGCAAAUGGGUCACCGAGAUCAAUCACAUCUUGCCAGAAAUCCCGUUUCUCCUCGUGGGCAACAAAUGCGAUGAGAAAUCCAGUGGUAACGAUUCCAGCACAGUUUCAGGCGAUCCUGAUCCACAAGAUAUUCAAGACGAAAGGUCCCUGGACAUCGAGGAAGAGCCCGAGCAUCUCGAGAAGAAUUUUGACGAAGGUUCGGUGGACGACUGUUCCGAGAACAACGACGAGCUUCCCGGUAGUGUCGGUGGCGAUGAUGUCCAUGAUAACAUCAAUGAUGAAGAGAUUGAAGCCAUUUUGGGCGACGACUCGAUCGAGGCAGAGCACGAUGACCAAGAAGUAGAGGGAAACGAAACCAAAAAUGACGAGUGCGACUUAGCCAAAGCUAAACGAGAAGCUAUGCGAACCAAGAAAUUUUCCUUGGACGCCCGCCAAUCUUCCCUGGAGGAUAAAUGUGUGCACAAGCGGUUCAAGAAGAAGCAUUCUCUGGCAGCAAAAAUGGACCUUUUGUCUCUUGGUCAAUUUCCCCAAGAUCUUUCCCAUUUGGACGCGGAGCAUUUCCAACCUGAGGAACGAAAAGUUUGCUCGAGCAAGGGGAAAGUUUUGGCUUGGUCAGUGCGUGCGGAUGCCUACGUGGAAUGCUCCGCUAAACAUGGAACCGGACUUCAGGAGCUCAAGAAUGCAAUGGUCGCACUUUUGGAACAAGGAGGCUCAAAACGAAAAUGGAAGAAGCUGACCAAAAUGAUUACGAUCUGAGUCUACACUACCGUACCGAGAUGUAAACUGCGUUGGACCAAGAAAACACGUGUGUGUGACACAUAUUUGCGUGCCCAUACGUACGUAACACAGUAACACAUAUCGUUUGGAUUUAGGUAUAGUGAAAAAUAAAAUUUGUAUUUCGAAAUAUAUGAUGGCAUCCUGAAACUCA